GAAGAGAGAGAGUGUAAGAUUGCAAAUCGGUCCAAGAUGUCAAAGCUGUUCUCAAAGCACCUUCACCUCUGCUUCUUCAAGCUCAAGAACCAUCCAACCAUCCUCUCUUCGUCACCGUCACCGUCCACUCCCACAAGCACCUCCAACUUAACUACCUCCCACUCCUCCGAAGACCCACCUGACUUGGCCUCACUCUUCGCCUCUGACAGAUUCUUCUUCUCGUCGCCGGGCACCUCGAACUCCAUCAUAGAGUCCCCGGACACGCGUGCCUCCAUACCAAGCGGCGGAGUGAAGGUUCCAAAGUACUCGGUGGACCCCUACGUGGAUUUCUUCCGCUCAAUGCAGGAAAUGAUUGCUUCACGACGCCGGAGUUUGGAUGUGAACAAAGACUGGGACUAUCUCCACGAUCUUCUCUUGUGCUACCUGGCUCUCAAUCCAUCACACACCCACAGGUACAUUGUUCGGGCCUUCACCGAUCUCGUCGUUGACCUUUUGUCGUCUUCGUCGUCGUUGCCUUCUCCGCCGGUAGUGAAAUCCAAGUCUUGCCGGAGACUCAAGAACCAUCGGCAUAGUUCUAGUUUCUCAGGGCAGUUGGUGUAGCAACAAUGAGUCAAUUCAUGCAUGACAUGGAUUAUUAUAAUAUUAAUUAAUUGCUUUUGGGUUUCGCUCUGUAAUGGCAUGUAUGUAAUUAAUUGAGUUUGAGAAAUCGAAAAAGGGAAGGUGACAUGCAGAUGCAGAGGUGUCUGUCUCUGUGCUCCUCCAUUAAUGGCAA